AUGACACCAGAGUUUCACUAUCUGUUUUUCCCUGAACUGUUUCAGGCACCAUUUUUCAGUUUCCAAGCUGCUAUAUGCACUCUUUUGUUCACACUCGCCUUCCUAUUGUGGCUUUCACCUGGUGGGCUCGCUUGGGCCCUUAAGUUUCCGGCUCGGUCUGUUAUUCCUGGUCCUUCGGGCCGUCCCGUUUCUGGUUUGCUUAGUGUUUUUUCCGGUCUGACACCUCACCGUGCUCUGGCUAAGUUAGCACGGACCUACCAGGCUGAGUCGCUGAUGGCUUUUUCGGUUGGUUUGACUCGGUUUGUUAUUUCGAGCGAACCGGAGUCUGCUAAGGAUAUUUUGGGUAGUUCCGGUUUUGCUGAUAGGCCGGUGAAGGAAUCGGCUUAUGAGCUUCUGUUUCACAGAGCAAUGGGGUUCGCACCGUAUGGUGAGUACUGGAGGAACCUGAGGAGGAUUUCUGCUACUCACUUGUUCUGCCCAAGGAGAAUCUUGGGUUUCGAAGGGUUCAGGCGUGAGGUUGGGUUGAAAAUGGUGGAAGAGUUGAAAGGGUUGAUGGUUGAAAAGGGACGUGUUGAGGUUAAAAAGGUUCUUCAUUUUGGGUCGUUGAACAACGUGAUGAUGACUGUGUUUGGGAAGAGUUAUGAGUUUGGUGAUGGUGGUGAUGGGGUUGAGCUUGAAGGGUUGGUCAAGGAAGGGUAUGAGUUAUUGGGGGUGUUUAACUGGAGUGACCAUUUUCCUCUCCUUGGGUGGUUGGAUUUGCAGGGAGUGAGGAAAAGGUGCAGGUGUUUGGUCACCAAGGUUAAUGCUUUCGUUGGGAAGAUCAUCGAGGAUCAUAGAAUGAAAAAGGUGUCCGGUGAAUAUUUGAAGGGUGACAUGGGUGAUUUCGUUGAUGUGUUGCUUGAUUUGGAGAAAGAAGACAAGCUCGGUGAUUCUGACAUGAUUGCUGUUCUUUGGGAAAUGAUCUUCAGAGGAACUGACACGGUGGCUAUUUUGCUGGAAUGGAUUUUGGCAAGGAUGGUUCUUCAUCCUGAGAUACAAGCAAAAGCACAAGAGGAAAUAGAUGCUGUUGUUGGAAAGUUCGGGGUUGUUAAGGAUGCUGAUGUUCCCAAUCUGCGUUAUCUUCAGUGCAUUGUGAAGGAGGCUCUGAGGGUGCACCCACCUGGGCCACUUCUUUCAUGGGCUCGCUUAGCAAUACACGAUGUUGAGAUAGGUGACAAGCAUGUUCCCGCAGGUACAACAGCUAUGGUGAAUAUGUGGGCCAUAACCCACAACGAGAAGUUGUGGGCAGAACCAGAGGAGUUCAAGCCAGAGCGUUUUAUGGAAGAGGAUGUUAGUAUAAUGGGAUCUGAUUUGAGAUUGGCUCCAUUUGGGUCUGGGAGAAGGGUUUGUCCUGGUAAGGCUAUGGGUUUAGCCUCUGUUCAUCUCUGGCUUGCUCAAUUGCUUCAAAGCUUUAAAUGGGUGCCUGACGAAGAUGGCUCUGUGGACUUGUCUGAGCGCCUUAAACUCUCCAUGGAGAUGAAAACCCCACUGGUUUGCAAGGUUGUCUCUAGGGUUGUGGCUGCUUGA